GGCCCGGUUGCGCCCGGUCCGGCCCGGCCCAGCGCGGCAGCGGUGAUGGGGAGAGCGGCUCGGCGGUUAGAGUGAGGUUGUGGCGUGCUCGUCGCCACCACCCGGGAGUCCUGGCCGCAGGCUUCAUAGAUUCUCAGCUCCACAGUCUGGAAAAUGCAUCCUGCGUGCCUGUUGAAGUAAACGUGGCCAUUCAGGAGAAAUUGGAAGAUAAUAUAAAUCUUCAUAGGCAACUUGGCUGCAAGCAGUUAAACUGAAAUUAACUUCUGCCUUCUGGCUACGGAGUGCUACUCUGACGUUCCUGCGUGAAACUGCAGACUAAAUCAUGCCAGCGUUAUCAGCUGGAUCUGGAAGUGACACAGGUCUGUACGAGCUGCUGGCUGCAUUGCCAGCCCAGCUGCAGCCACAUGUGGACAGCCAGGAAGACCUGACCUUCCUCUGGGAUAUGUUUGGUGAAAAAAGCCUUCAUUCACUGGUGAAGAUUCAUGAAAAACUGCAUUAUUAUGAAAAACAGAACCCGGUGCCCGUACUCCAUGGUGCAGCAGCCUUGGCAGAUGAUCUGGCUGAGGAGCUGCAGAGCAAGCCACCGAACAGUGACAUCAGAGAACUGUUGAAACUCCUAUCAAAACCCAAUCUCAAGGCAUUGCUCUCUGUACAUGAUACUGUUGCUCAGAAGAACUAUGAUCCUGUCUUGCCCCCCAUGCCUGAUGAUAUUGAUGAGGAAGAAGAUUCAGUUAAAAUAAUCAGGCUGGUCAAAAACAGGGAACCAUUGGGAGCUACUAUUAAAAGGGAUGAACAGACUGGUGCAAUUGUGGUGGCCAGGAUAAUGCGUGGGGGAGCUGCAGACAGAAGUGGUCUUAUUCACGUUGGUGAUGAAUUGAGGGAAGUCAAUGGGAUUCCUGUGGAUGAUAAAAGACCUGAAGAAAUAAUACACAUUUUGGCUCAGUCUCAAGGAGCAAUUACAUUUAAAAUCAUACCUAGUGUGAAGGAAGAAGUGCCAGUGAAGGAAGGCAAGAUGUUUAUUAGAGCUCUGUUUGACUAUGAUCCUAAUGAGGAUAAAGCAAUUCCUUGUAAAGAAGCUGGACUUGCUUUCAGAAAAGGAGAUAUCCUUCAGAUCAUGAGCCAGGAUGAUGCAACCUGGUGGCAGGCCAAACACGAAGGCGAUGCCAAUCCCAGAGCAGGCUUGAUCCCUUCAAAGCAUUUCCAGGAGAGGAGAUUUGCAGUAAGAAGACCAGAAGUGCAGAUUCAGCCACUGAAAAUUUCCAACAGAAAGUCAUAUGCUGAAUAUGCGGGUCACAACAGUGGAUCCUAUCUAGCUGGCUUUAGAAGAAGCUUUCGCCUUAGCAGAAAAGAUAAAAAAACAAACAAAUCUAUGUAUGAGUGCAAGAAGAGUGAUCAGUAUGAUACAGCAGACAUCCCAACAUAUGAAGAAGUUGCAAAAUAUAGACGACAACCUAAUGACAAAUACAGGCUUGUAGUUUUGGUUGGUCCUGUAGGGGUUGGGCUGAAUGAACUUAAACGGAAAUUGCUGAUCAGCGACACCCAGCAUUACGGGGUAACAGUGCCACACACUACCCGUCCAAGGAGAAGCCAAGAAAGUGACGGUGUUGAAUACACUUUCAUUUCCAAGCACUUGUUUGAGACAGACGUACAGAAUAACAAGUUUAUCGAGUAUGGCGAGUAUAAGAACAACUACUACGGCACAAGUUUAGACUCUGUUCGAUCAGUUCUAGCUAAAAACAAAGUUUGUUUGUUGGAUGUGCAGCCUCAUACUGUGAAACACUUACGGACAUACGAAUUUAAACCAUUUGUUAUAUUUAUAAAGCCUCCAUCACUUGACCGUUUGAGAGAAACCAGAAAAAAUGCCAAGAUUAUUUCAAGUAAAGAUGAUAAGGGAACUGCAAAACCCUUUACAGAAGAAGAUUUUCAUGAAAUGAUCAAAUCUGCCCACGUGAUGGAGAGCCAGUAUGGGCACCUUUUCGAUAAGGUGAUCGUCAAUGACGACCUCGCUACAGCUUACAGUGAGCUUAAAACAACAUUCGACAGGUUGGAGACUGAGACCUUCUGGGUUCCCGUCAGCUGGCUACAUUCGUAAGAACGUUUCGAGUAGAUAAAUACCUGCUGUUGUAGCAGCUAAGUACAGGCUGUGGUUAGGCAUUACUCCAUGGCCGUUUUCUUGGUAGGAUGGUUUUCUAACUCUACCUGCACAGCAGGUACACUCUUUAUCCACUUGGAACUGGUCUUGUUUUCCUGUGUCUUCAGUCCUCCUGCCCACAGUUUUAGGGGCAGAACAAUCAGAUUAAGCUGAAGUCUCACUGUGCUCUAUAAAGUGAGCUAACACUAGUGUAACAAAACUGCCAAACACCUCUUUGUCAUCAUCUGUGUAUUUCCAAGGUAAGUUUUAAGUUUUUUUUUUUAAUGGAGAGUUUGCAGAAGAUACUAGUGAAUACUGGAGAGCAGCACUUUGAUGGUUUUAAGCAUAAAUGCUCCCAUAAAGAGCACUUGGAAGUUAUUACCCCUUAAGUGCUUGAGAGAACUGAAAUAGUGACCAACAUUUUUAUGAGGAAGACAUCAUAGUUUUAAUUACAUAUCAAGAUAAGUGGUUUACUUUUCUAGAUGUGAAUCUUGUCUUACAUGUACAGAAUGAUUUUAGUAUUCCUUUGCACUUACACAGUCAUGGAAAGAAAGAUGUAUUUGGUGGCUUAAUUGUGAAAUACUCUGCUGUGAGCAUGCAUGGGUUGAAAAUACGUUCACGCGUGCUUUGUAGCACAACAAAGGAAACUCAUUGCAAUAUUUAUUUAAAUAAGGAAAAAUAGGAGUCACUAUGUAUAUAACUUCAGAGUCUUUGGGAUUAAUCUUCUGUAAAAUCAGCGGCAAAACAAUAUGCAUAGCAAGAAAGUAAAGAUUAUCUUUCUUUUUUUUCCCCUUUAAAUUGAUUUCAAAUAUUUUUGGCAUCCUUUAGAACAACCUUCCCGUCAGAAAUUUUCAAACAAUUAGUGAGGAAACCUUGGAAAUCUGGGAAUUAGUCGCAAGAGAUUAAUUCUUUUUGUUGUUUAAUAUCUAGUGCUACUUUUUAGUAGUAUAACAGAUAUUUUGUCUCCACUCAAAUAAAUUAAUGCUGUAGACUUCACUGUAAAAAAUACCCUUGUCACUGGUCAGGCACAGUUGGAAACCUCAUUUUACAAUUUAAUGUGGCAAUGUAAGCAAAUGUAUAUUAGAUGAUGUAUUUUUAACAUAGAUAAUUUGGUAUUUUUCUUUAUUUACUACUGAUGCGCAGGAAACGAGUACACCUCUAAAGACCCAAGUUACACCUGUGUGUUCUGUUGUGAAUAUGUCUUGUAAGUACAGAAUGUGUAUAGGAACUUGCUGACUUCUGUUCAUCCCAUCUGUGGCAUUCAAACAGGAAACCGUCAUUUCAUGUUAAUCUGUAAAGAGAAUAUAGCUGUCUUGUUUAAAGAAUAAAGAAUUUAGUGAAACUAUAUAUAUUUAUGAAAGGGUUGAAAAGGGAUGUUAAGUUUUUAAAUUUCUUGUCAAUGUGAUCAUUUAUUAAAGAGAAUUAUUAAGUCCAUAAUUUGAAACACUGUCUCUGUAAAUGGAGCUCAACAUUCCAUGUAAAUAUUUUAUUUCAGUUCAUAUGUUGAUAUAGCCAUCAGAUUUUGCAGUUUUAUUCUAAAUGUGUAUUUAAUGUGUGGGUCAUCGCAUUAGGCUCAGAGUUGUGUGAAACAAAUGAAAUGCAAGCAACAACAGCAAAAUUCCUAGGAGUCUGGAAAUGUUUAUGCAAGAGUUACAGAUGUACUGAAUCCCAGCACGGAUACACGCUCUGCUUCAACAGCUAUAAUGUAACUUUUGUCAAAUUUCACCAUUUUCCUGGUGGACUUAAACUUUUUUUUGUAGCAUAAAUAGCAUUUUGAUGAUUAAAUUAAUUGCAUGGAGAUUAUGCAAGUUGAGAAAACUUUUUCUGUUUUUUUUUUAUUAUUAUUGAAAAUCAAACCGUUUUUCAGGGGAUCUGGAAUUCAGCCAGUCUGUUUGCCUGCAAGAUGCCGAGUGCCUUCGCCACCUCUUGCAACACAAACUGAGAGGGCACUCAGCAUGUCUCAGGAUCUGGCCAUUUCCAACAAGAGAGGCUUUAGUCCUUAUUGAAACGCUCUUAAUGCUGCUUCCAACCUGGGCUGUCUCAGAACAUUAGCCUAUGAUAAUGAUCACAUGAAAGACCUGCUUUUCUCUUUAAGAAAUAGAUGCUAGAAUAAUCUGCAAACUGCCUGGUAGAGACAGAUCUGGCUGUCCUGCAGGCUGUUUUUCUUGUCCUUUUGAAAUUAAAUAUAAUUCCUAUUCCUGGGUCAGUGUGGUCUAAGAGGACUCAGCCAGGUUGGAUGGGGCUUUGAGCAACCUGGUCUAGUGGAAGGUGUCGUUGCCCCCAGCAGGGGGUUUGUAACUGGAUGAUCUUUAAGGUCCCUUCCAGUCUAAACCGUGCUGUGGUUCUGUGAUCUACACAGGUUUGCUGUGCUGGGCAGCAGUAAGCAGCACGGUGCUUUGCUGCGUUCACAGAGACACUGACCCUCUGAUCCUCAGCACAGUCCUGGCAGGGGUUUCCUAGACGGAUGGCUGCCUUCCUCAUCUUCAAGCCAGGAGCUAAAUUCCCAACACCUGCAAAAGAAAGGGAAUCACAAAAACAUAAACCCAACCAACCGAGUAAAAUGUGCACAGGGACUUCAACGAGUGAGAAAUAAUUUUAAUUAAAUUACUAGAUGGCUCUUGAAAAUCAACAUUAUUGCAGUAUUAGCUUAAAAAUAAAUAAUUAUCAAAGCUACUGCUUUCCGUGAGGCAGGCAAAGAUGGGACCAGCCAAGGCACAAAAAAUGUCUUAGCCCGACAGUUUCAAAAGGACAGGAGCCUGCUUAUCGUGAUGGAUGCUGAGCCCAUGUGCUGAACUGUUCUGGGAUACCAAGAGGGGGCGGGAUUGUUCCUUUGACUCCUAAGAAUUUGGGAAUGAAGACAACUAAACAUGUUUCCAAUAUUCCACAUAUUCAAGUUGUGCUGUGUGGGUUUUUAGAGAACUGUAUGUUUUGACAGUCAAGUCCAGAUGUUUUUAUUGUUCUAGCUGUUUGUCAUAGUCCAACAAAUGGUAGCAUUUUUUAAUAUUGUACCAAGCUCUAUACUUGAAUUUGCCACCAGGUUCUUGGUUGAAGUCUUACCUGAAAUCUGAUCUUACCUUCUUAUGCAAAACAAUAAAUUAUUGUUUUAUCA